UCUAGUACAUAUUCUCUUAUUUUGGGUUUCUUAAAUACUGUUACCAUGGAGUCGGCUGUUCGUGUGUGUUACGAUUCGACAAUAUAGUUUGUCUCAUAAGAAUAAAAAAGAUAAGUACUGUAAGAGCUGUUACUGCAUAUUUGUUUUAUUAUGAUAAGUACUUCCUGGUACACUGGUACACGGAACCUCUAAGUGUGGAUAAAGAUGUUUUCUACAUCUCACUAAUAAAAGAUGAUGUAAUAAGGGGCCUUGCAUUCGAUAGUUUCAAAGGGAAUCAUCAUUCAUUCUUCUUUUCUUUCGAAAGUUUUAUAUUAAAUUGUUGAUACAAUGACAGGUCUGCUCAUUUUGAUAACUUUGAUAGGAAGUCUUUGUUCUGUGAGUGUAGUUUGCACAUGUGCACAUUUCGAUAACAAAGUGGAGGUCAACUGCUCUAAAACAAAUUGCACAUGGACAUAUUUCGAUAACGAAGUGAAGGUCGACUGCUCUGGAAGAAAUUUGACCUGUAUACCAAGGUUUAACGACAGUGUCACUUAUUUAGACUUAAGUCACAACAAAAUCUGUUCCAUUCCACCAGUGAAACCUUUCCCUACUGAUAUGAAACAUCUUGACAUUUCGUGGAAUAACAUUAAGCAAUUGAAAGGUAAGUCCUUUGGAUUUUUACCAAAGUUGACAUACCUGGAUUUAUCAUAUUGCAACUUACGCGACGUUGACAAAGGAGUCUUUGGAGAGCUGGAUAAUCUACAAUACCUUAAUAUUUCAUACAACAGAGAAUUAGGAUUUGCAUCUUUGCCUAAUAUUACAUUUAACCUAAACAAAACAAAGAUUUUAUCAUUAAACUUGAAUGGAAUCAACUGUGCGACCGGCGUUGGCACUGCUAUUUCCAAAAAUCAAUUAGAAAACAUUCGAACAACCAAUCUAACAGAAUUAUUUCUAGCAAGCAAUAGAUUGGAACUAUUUGAAAACGGAGUGAUUUAUCACUUACCAAAAACUAUCACUGUAUUUUCUAUAGCAGCAAAUAAACUGACUGUUGGGGAAUAUCUUAUCGAAAUGCACACAAUGUCAAACGUCAGAGUUAUGAAUAUGAGUUAUCAACUGCACCCACAAGCAAAGUAUCCUUCCUCGGUACUAGAUAAUUGCAAAGAAAAGGUUAAUAAAGAAACUGAGAAUCUGUUUGAUAAUUUCGAUACCAAAGUAUUUUUUAAAGGUAUAAAUUUGAGUAUACCUUUACCCCCAAAACUAGAAACAUUGUAUUACCAAUCGAGCAGACUUCUAAUAAAAAAUCCAAGCUUUUCUAUUUUAGCGCCGAGUCUUCGGCAUAUUUAUCUACAGGAUAAUUUUAUUAUGUCAAGCAGUGGUCAAAUACGAUUCAUAAACAACACCGUUACUAUAUGUGAUGUUUCAAACAAUAUGUUUUCCCAUAUUCCAGUAAAUAACGGACGUCAUGUGAAAUACUUGAAUAUAUCAAACAAUAGGUUCGAUAACAAUUUUAUUUCAGAGCAACGUGGCGAAAUAUUUGAAACACUUAUUAGUCUAGAAGUAAUAGAUAUGUCGUUCAAUAACAUUUUCUCGCUGCCAAAGCUAUUGUUUAAAAACUCAAGGAAAUUGAUGUAUGUGAACGUCAGUAACAACAGGUUGUCCGAUUGGUUAGUGGAUGUGAGUGAAAUGUCUGAUCUAAGAUCGAUAGAUCUGUCCGACAACAAAUUUACAACACUAGGUGUCAGUGCCCGCAAACAGUUUGAAAAGGCAUUCGAACGCUCUAAUCUGACCAUCAAUUUGAUUGGAAAUGGGUUAGCUUGCACCUGUGACAACCAAGAAUUUUUACGUUGGUUACAAGAACACAGAAAACACUUAAUAAGCUUUGAAAACUUUACUUGUACUACAAAGGAUACGUCUUUUGAUUUCAAAAGCCUAGGAUCUUCUUUAACCAUCUUAAGAAAACAUUGUGCGUCGUAUUUAGGUCUGUACAUUGGUUGUGCAGUAACUCUUGCAGUAUUUUCCAGUUUUAUCAUAGGCGUAAUGCUUGUGAAAAACAAAUGGAAAAUACGUUAUUUGAUUUACAAAUCUAGACAAAGGUUUGGAUUUGUUAUUCCAUUCAAUAAACAUUUGCCAACCAGCAUGCAUUAUGAGUAUGAUGCCUUUCUUUCCUACAGUGGACGCGAAUUGAUGUUUGUUCUCAAAGAAGUUAUACCUCGGCUCGAAGUAAGCAAAAACAUAAGACUCCUAAUAAGAGACCGGGAUUAUUUGCCUGGCAUUCCAAAGGUUGACAGCAUUAUGAGCAGUCUACAAGAAAGCAAACGGGCCAUUUGCAUUGUGUCCAAGAAGUAUUUGGCCUCUAAAUGGCGUGACUAUGAACUAAACAUGGCGAAAGUAGAAGGCAUUCAAGAUCGUGGAUCUCUUGAUUAUGUCAUUCUUAUACUGUUACCAGAGGUGUAUAAUGGUGAUCUUCCAAGUAAAAUCAUGGACCUGAUUCGGAAAGACCGCUAUAUUGAGUAUCCAAUGGAAUCGUGCGCUUAUGAUGAUUUCUGGGAUCGGCUAAUCAGAAUGAUUGAAUAGUGAUAACGAUAAAAGGGUAGAGACGAAGAUACUUUACUUCAGACUAAAUUAAAGAUUGCAAUUACGUUACAUCUAAACGGAUACUAAAUUUUAAUUAGUGAUUUAAUGUUAAGGUUUUUUUCGUUACAUGCUUUGUGCAUAACUGUAUUUAAUUUACUUUCUUUUGUGUUUUUACGCAUGCUUAUUCCAAAUUAUCUACAUGUGCUUGUACAUAUGUUUGAUAGAAAGUUAUAAAACGAGUAUAUUUUACUCAAUUUAACAAAAUAUACAGUAGUGAAUACUGGAUUUUAUGAUUUCACAAACACACGGAACGAGUCACAUACACUUCCAUCUCUACUGCUUAUUCAUAAUAAAGAGUGCUGAAGGCGGGGGAAAAACUUAUUGAUAGUUUAACGACUGACAUUCUAAAAGAUUGAACCCCCGGGUACAGAACAUGAAAGCAAUUUUAAGUAAUAUAAGUGACUGUGACAAUUUCUAUUGUUCCAUUUAUCUACUUCAAUAGAGCUGGUUGGUCGUGACCAUUUUCUGACUAAAUUUACCGCCUUUAAACAAAGAGCUUUGUAUAAAAAUGUAUGAAAAUGUUCGAAAUCUAAAUCUAAAGCUUAAACAUUUUCAUUUGUAUUUCUUUACUAAAACAAAGUUCAUGGCCAAAUAGAUCAUAAUCAAACAUUUAAGACAGAUAUGAUUGGUUAUUUGUAAUUUGUGGACCACCCAGCCUGCUUUUAUUACAAGCCUUUGAUUUAGCCCACUGCACCAUAUUCUACUCGAAGGGAAAUAACUGUGUAGUUUGAAUGUAAAAUAUCACAAUGUUCUAAUGACAAAGUAUAUGAGAUGAGAUUGAUGAGAAAAUAGAACUAUGAACUUCAAACAAAUAAAUAAAUAGAUUCUGCAAACAAAGUCUUAAAUGAUUAUAUGACAUACGUACACUUAAUGUGCCUGACUUAAGUUUUUAUUUUGCAUGCUUUUGUGAAUUUUUAUUAAAAGAUGUGUGUUACAACUUUUACGAAAAUAUACAAUAAUCACAAUA